AUGUUAAUACCAGCAAAUGAUGUUUUAUUUGGUGAUUUAUGUACAAUCUUAGAUUGUCUAAAUAAAAAGAAGAAACACAGGCAUGAGCAAGAUAAAAUAUUGAUAAAUUUUGUAAACGAAUUUAGGAUAAAUUCGGGGAAACUUAUAACCAAAAAGAAUGCAACAUUCUUUCCCAUAUUAAGACUGUUGUUGCCAGAUAAAGAUCGUGAGAGGAAUCCGUACAAUUUAAAGGAAACGAAGCUCGGAGCACUUUUAGUAAAAGUUUUAUCACUCAAUAAACAGUCACAUGAUGCCCAAGAACUGCUUAAUUUCCGUUCAGUCCAAAACAGUUUCCAUGAUAGUGAUUUUGCCGGAAUUGCCUUUUUUGUCUUAAAGAACAGAAUACCUCAAAAAAUCGGACAUCUCACAAUAGGUGACGUUAACGCACUACUUGAUAAAAUAGCAACAAUUGUUGAGAAUAAGGGACAUAUUUUAGACGAGGCCUUUAGCUAUGCAAUAAAAAAAUUAACAGCAGAACAAUUAAAAUGGUUCCUAAGGAUAAUUCUGAAGGACUUAAAACUAGCUAUGAGUGGACAUCGAAUUUUGGCGGCAUUUCAUCCGGACGCACCGGAAUUGUAUGAAAGUUGCAGUAAUUUAAACAAAGUAUGUGAAGACCUUGGAGAUGGAGACACUAGGCCCAUAGAGCUAGGCGUGCAAGUUUUUUUCGCAGUCUGUCCCAUGCUCUCCGAGAGAUUGAAUGUCACUCGUAUUGCUCAAUUGUUGGCUUCAGACAAGAUAUAUCAAGUUGAGGAUAAGUUUGAUGGCGAACGGUUUCAGAUGCAUAUGGAAAAUGGAAUAUUUGAAUAUUUUUCUAGAAAAGGGUUCAUGUAUUCUAAUAACUACGGUAAAACAUUUGAUUCAAACGGCUUAUUGACUCCGCUUUUAAAAGAAUGCUUUAUAUCAAGUGCUACAAGUUUCAUAAUUGAUGGAGAAAUGAUGGGUUGGCAUAAAGAGUAUCAAUGUUUUGGUUCUAAAGGCAUGGCGUUUGAUGUAAAGAAAAUAACUGACAACUCGAGGUUCCGUCCAUGCUAUUGCGUGUUUGACAUUCUCUAUUACAAUGGCAUGACAUUGAUUGGUCCAGCUGACAAGGGCGGUAAAACUUUGAAAGAAAGACUAGAGAUUCUUGAUUCUCUGUUUAUGGAUAUACCGGGUGUUAUAAUGCAUAGUAAAAGAGAGAUUGUCAAAGAUAGCGUGGAUGUGCUCAACGCUUUGAACAAAGCGAUAGAAAACCAAGACGAGGGUAUCGUUGUAAAGGACGUCAAUUCAUAUUAUAUAGCCAAUCGUAGGAAUGUAGGCUGGUAUAAAAUUAAACCCGAGUACACGGAAGGAACAAUGACAGAUUUAGACCUCGUUGUCAUUGGAGCGGAUGAAGCAGAGAACAAGAGGCAAGGUCGCGCCAAGAGCUUUCACGUCGCUUGUUUAGAUCGCUCCGGUGAGGAGCAGCGGUGGGUAUCAGUAGGCCGUGUAGCCUCGGGACUGACGUUUGAAGAGCGAGAGCGACUUUGUGUGCUUUUAGAACAACAUUGGAAACCCACUAAAAGAGUACCUCCACCCUCCUCAUUGUACUUUAAUAAAGAUAAACCGGAUUUGUGGAUCAUGCCCGAAGUUUCCAUUGUGUUAGAGGUAAGGGCCACGGAACUAGUUCGCAGCACUAGUUCAGGCACGGAGUAUACGUUGCGUUUCCCACGGGUCAUGAAAAUCCGCGGUGAAAAACCAGUGCUGGACGUUCUCACAUUAGAGGAGUUCCAGAAACUUGUAGCGGAGAGAAAUGCAGUUGUAAAAUUAAGUACGAAGAGAAUAAGCGAAAAUCAGAUUGACGAAGUCGUAAUUAAAGCACGUAAAACGCGAACACAAAAAAUUAUACAAGUCGCUGAAAAGUUUCGCAGUAAACCAAUUGGUAGCGUUAAUGUCGUUUCAAAAGCGUUGGAUGGCAGGGAAAUAUGCAUUCUCUCUGAUGACGAGGAUUUUAAGAAGAUCGACCUGAUUAAAAUUGUGGAGUCACACGGCGGAAAGCAUGUUGAAAAUCCGGGUCCGAAAACUUGGUGUUGCGUCGUAGGAACAUUAACAUUCCGGGUUCGCAAGUUGAUAGAAACGGAAAAAUUCGAUAUAAUCAGUACAUCGUGGUUGCGAUCUCUUCCCGAAUCAGAAGAACCAUGUUCCCUCUCACCAUUAGACAUGUUGUCAAGUAGACAUUUAACUAGAAUGAAGCUUAGUCUUGAUUAUGAUGAAUUUGGAGACAACUAUAGAGACGAAAUAGAAGAAGAAACGUUGAAGAAAUGUUUGAAGAAAAUGGACAAUGCGCAUCCCAUAUACCUCACAACAUCUGAAAUGUUAUACAUUGACGAACAGUUAUUUGGCGAACAAAACCCGUUCUCUUUCUUACGGAAAUGUGCAAUACAUUUUGUCGAAUAUUCAAUACAUUCUACAUUAGCAAAAAUGUAUGGCGCUACAAUCUGUGAUAUUAACGAGAAUCCUACUCAUAUCGUAGUUCGUAGAGGGGAAAAAAAUGAUUUUGCUCACCUUUGUUCCAAAAUUGUUUAUGAAGACUGGCUGGAUAAGUGCUUUGAAGAAAAGACAUUUAUUACUGAAAGCGAAUUCAUAGUCAACUAG